AUGGAUAGGAUCAACAAUCUACCUGAUGAGAUUAUUUGUCAUAUGGUGUCCUUCCUCUCGGCAAAGGAGGCUGAUUUCGCAUCGGUUCUCUCCAAACGGUGGCGGAAUCUGUUUAACAUCAUAUCAAGUGCUGAGUUCAAUGACUCAGUUAGUAAUCCAACGAGUCUGUCGAAUUUCUUGAACAGAGUAUUGGCGAUGCCUCUCAGUUCACGGAUAAGGAACUUCUCCUUAAAAUGUCGAAAACUUGAUCUUCGAACUCAGUAUGCUCUUGUCAACCGUUGUCUCCGUAACGUGCUGAAGCGUGGUGUCUUGGACCUGAAACUAAGUAUAGAGGCUGAACAAGGAUAUUCAUUGCCUCUUGAGGUCUUCACUUGCAAGACGCUAGUUAAGCUAGAACUUGGGACUGGUUUUGAUAUUGAUAUUCUCCCUGAGAAUGCUCUUCUUCCAUCGCUGAAGACUCUCAUUCUCGAUUCAGUUAAGUUCUAUGAUCGUUGUGGUUGUGCAUUCCAAAAGCUUCUUUCUGCUUGCCCUGUCCUUGUGGAAUUAGUGAUGCGUGAGGUUGAAUGGGAACAUUGGAAAUGGUCUCGCUGUGUGUCCAGUCCGACCCUUGAGAGACUUACUAUUAGCCAUAACCUUCUCGUUGACGAGUAUGAGUUGGAGAGCAUUACUUUUAAUACUCCGAGUCUUACCUAUUUAGACUACGGUGAUUUCAUUCCGGAAGCUUAUUCAAUUGUUAAUCUUGACUCCGUUGUGGAAGCCAAGCUCAGUAUUAUUUUGACAGUUGAACACAACUGGAAUGGAAAUUUUAUAAGAGAUGAUGCUCUCCUUACUGGCGGCCCAACCAAUCUGAUUAAGGGGUUAAAAAAUGUUGAGAUCUUAAACUUAUCAUCUCCUGAGACUACGGAGGUAAGUACAUUUGCUCUGUGAAGCAUCAUUAGUUGUUAGU